UCUCCGGCGUCGCUGAAGAGAAGAUUAUAUCGGAUUGCAAAUGGUUGGUGUUGUUUUUUUCCAUAUGACGAAAAUGACUUCUUUUCGGGCGAAUUUCUCGUGAACCGCUCGGAUUCGGGUGCCGAAAGAACGCUCCGUUUCGUCCGGACUGAUCCGCGUCGGCUGCCGAACGCCUAAAUCGUCGCGGCCUAAUUUUCCGCCCGCCCGACCCCACCGUGCGUGGUUCACUUUCACCCGAAGGACUCUGGCAAUUUCCAAAUUCCACCCUCGGAAGGAAGGAAACAUGCUGGUGGAGAAUCCGGACGCGCUCAAGUCGUGGCUGACGGAAAAGCUGAAGCCGCUAUGUGAUGCAGACCCUGUGGCGCUGGCCAAGUACGUCCUCGCCCUGGUCAAAAAGGAAAAGCCCCUUCCGCAGCUGCAGGCCAACAUGGAGAACUCGCUCGACGUGUUCCUGCAAAAGGAAACCAAGUCUUUUGUAAAGUCUCUGCUGGAGGCCCUUCAGGACAAGAGUUACAUCGGCGAGGCCAAGGAGGAAGAUGAGGAGGAGGAAAUGCUGUCGGACAGCAGGGUCGCUUCUCCCGUCAGGGUGGAGGAAGUUCCUGCUUUGGAGGAACCAAAGCCAUUGCUCUCGAUAAAGAUAAAAGAGGAGAAGUUGGAGGUCGAAAGGCCAAAGGAGCAGGUUGUCGAGGUCAAAAAGGAGCGCGUCGAGUUGAACGACCGGUCGGACCGGGACCGCAAAAGACCUUCGGAGAGGCCGUCAAGGAGGAACAGGCACCGCUCACCAUCCCCCACUUCCAGGAGGUCGAGGUCUCGCUCGAGGUCGUGGGAGGGUCGGCGGAGGUCGCGCAGCAGAGAGCGUGCGAGGAGGGGCAGGGACAGGAAAGCCUCCCCUCGCAGAAGGGACUCCAGCAGGGACAGAAGAAGUUGGUCAAAGUCUCCGGUUCGCAACCGGUCGCAUUCGCCGCCCGUGGGCAAGCACCGCGGCCGCAACUACCGUUCUAAGUCAAAGUCGCCGCUGGCCAUGGUGAAGAAGUCGGAGCCCAACUCGGGCGCCAACACGCCCACCCAAGACUCAAACCACGGCGACGUAGACAUGCGGCUGACAACCUCCUCGCAGAGCAUUCAGUCCGUGGUGGUGACCCCCACCAAAAAACUGGCCUCCGUCGUGGCCGCCGCCCCCCAGGCCGCCUCCGCCGCCCCCACUGUGUACAAGACGAGAUGCAGAGACUUUGAUGAGCAGGGAUACUGCAUGCGGGGCGACCUUUGCCAGUUUGACCACGGCGCUGACCCUGUGAUCGUGGACAACAUGCCCGGCCUGUCGUACACACCUCAAGGUACAGCCCCUGCCAAUUUUGUUGCGCUCAGACCUCAAGCGGGGCGUGGCUUGGCCGAACAGCCGCCUGCACCUCUUGCCCCGCCCGAGUACAAUCCUGAUGCCCCAGGCAUGCCUUGGUUCAGACCUCCCUUCAGAGGUCGUGGUGGUGCUGGGCGAGGGUCCGUCCUUCGGGCCCCUUUCAUUCCUCCUCAGAGGGAACUGAUAAGUGUGCCAGUCACCGACAACGCGUCGGCCAAGACUGUUUUUGAGCCUAGUGAGUCUACUUCGUACGAAACCGACCUUUCUGAGACGGGUCCUCCGCCUUCCAAGAAACUGCACCUGGCCGGCCAACAGUUUGACUAUAAACGGCUGGGCCCGCGCAAGCACUUCCCUGCCAACUGCUCGCUGGAGCUGAAGAAAGUGCCCAGAGGCCUCAACAACAUUACUCAUCUCAAUGACCACUUUGCCAAGUUUGGCAAAAUCGUCAACAUCCAGGUGUGCUUCGAGGGCGACCCUGAGGCUGCCAUCGUCACCUUCUCGACCCACGCCGAAGCCAACGCGGCCAUCAAGAGUACCGAGGCUGUUCUCAACAACAGGUUCAUCAAGAUGUUCUGGCACGGCAAGAAGCAGGCUGGAUUCGAGAGCAAGCACGAAAAUGUUCCUCCCGUGACUCGGAUGAGCGUGCGAGACAGGCUCGGCGUGCCCUCAAACAAAGUGCUGAACCUGAUCCAGCAGAAGGCCAAGUCAGAGGUCGAGGUCAACGCGAACGCGGCCGGCAACGACAAGCCUGAUUCGAACAGGAACGUUUACAUCCCGACGGCCAAAAAGGUGGACCCAGCCCUGCAGGAGAACAGCAAGGCCCUGGCGGCGGCCGCCAUAAUCAAGAACCAGGAGAUCAUGCUGGCCAAGGAGACGCUCAAGAAGAAGCAGGAGGAGAAGCGAAAGGAGGCGCUGAAGAUGACGGCGAACCUGCGCAAGCGGAAACAGGAGUUGCUGGAGAUGCAGCUGACGCAGCAGAAGGUCCUGAUCGAGCGGCUCGAGAAGGCCAGGAGUGCCAUGAAGCCGGCCGAGCAGAAGGAGCUGCUCGAGACAAUCAAAAGCUUGCAGGAGAGCAUUGAGACGAUUAGGAAGGACCUUGCGCCUCAUUCGGUCACUGCGGCCGCCGCGAUUCCUGCGCCAAAGCCCAAACCUGUGCCACAAGCUCGCAAGACCAAGGAGGAGGUGCAAAAGGAGAUAUUGGAUGCGGAACUGGAUCUGAUCACGCACCAGCAGGAGGGCAAGGACAGCCUGGAGCUGAAGCAGAAGGUGGCCGAGCUGAAGAAGGAGGCGAGCACCCUGAGCCUGCUCAAGCCCGUCGUCGCCGCCCCCGUGCCCAUCCGCAGAGGCGGCCUCAGGGGCAGGGGGCGUGGCAGAGGCCUCUACAGGGGUCGAGGCGCGCGUGGUGCCAUGCGAGGUGGGCUGACCCGGCUGGACCACCGGCCGACCAAGCUGCUGGUGUCGGGUCACGAGAGUGACGAGUGGGAGGAGGUCGUGGCCCACUUUACUCAAUUUGGAGAAAUCAAGGAGUCGGUGCCGGACCACCAGACGCCGGCCCUCGAGCUCACCUUCCGCACCCGCAAGGACGCCGAAGUGGCCUUGGUGCAGGGCAAGCAGUUCAAGGACCGCACCCUGAGUGUCACUUGGGUCGCCCAGGUCGCUCCACAGGCGGCGGCGGCUCCGACGGAAAUUGCCACUGCAGAAGUCGAGGACGACGGACAAAACCAGGAGAACGAGAAAGUCACCGAAGGAGAUCUAGAAGUCGAGGCCUCGCUGGAACUAGACGAGGAAGAGUUGGACGCGGAGGAGGAGGACGAGGAGGAGCGCAGCUGGCGCCGAUAGCAAUGAUUGAUUUUGUGUGCAGCAACAAGUCUCAAGAAUCGUAGCGGUUUUUUCUUUUCGUUGUCAUUUUGCAAUGUUUGUAUAGCAUUGAGUUAUCUGCGGCAGUCCUGGUGACAAAUGUUCAUAUUUGUUGCAAUCUCUCUCAGAGCUGCAUUCUGCCGUGAAUAAUACACAAUAUUUUUAACGAUAGGCGAUCAUCGUUUGUACCUAUUUUGUAUUCGAUUAUGAUGAGAUCAAUGCAGCAGCAAAUUAUAUACAUAAUUAAAAUAUAUCAGAAAAAAAGAAAAGAAAUAAUGAAUCAACUAUUGAAUAAAUUCAGUGUGCAAGUACCUUGCAAGUAUUGAAUUACUUUAAAAACCGGCUUUUCAUUUUGUUGAACCCAAAGGCCACGCAUCAGCUCUAUUAUGUUGGCCAAAAAAAAAGAUGUCUUCCGCCAGAGCCAUAAGGCCCCAUGGCUCUGACGGCAGCCGUGUACCAACAUAAUUUUGGGAUGCGCAGCCUUUGGUUGAACCAAAAAAAUGGCAGUUUUAAAAACCUUGUUUAUUCACAUCCACCUCGAAUCUCACAUUUUUCGCUACUCAAUAACGAUAGAACAAUAGGCACUGCACAAUGUAAAUGCUCAGAGCAAGAAUGAAAAUACUGAAACAAUCAAUCAAUGACUAAUAUUGUCCCAUCUAGGGACCAGAGCAGUAACAACGAAGAAUUAAAGAAAUUGAGUAAAACUUGGGUGUAAAAAAUCUAUCUCAUGCGUUCGCCACAGCCUUGAGCAGUUCCUCGUAGAUUUUGAUGCCGUGCAGGAAAACCUUCUCGUUCAAGAAUUCGUCGUGGUCGUGCAAAAGCACCGGCGUGUUCACGAUCGGAGAGAAGCCCAGGGCGGGAAUUCCCACCUCCCUCACAUACCGACUGUCCGUUCCUCCGGGGAAUAUUGACGGCUUCAAUUU